UAGCCUAUCCCCCGUGUUUCUCUACUGGACGGAAAGGGAAGGGCUUUCACCCCGCAAGUUAACUUCUUUCUCACUCUCACAAGCUCGCAAGCUCACAAGCUCACAAGCUCGCAAGCUUCAAUCUCUCUCAACUCCGGAGUCUUCAUUCACAUAAAGGUAGGUUCUGCGAAUAAGUAGAAGAGAUGAUUGCAGAGAAGCCCAGUUGGAUUAGGCACGAGGGAAUGCAAAUUUUCUCCAUUGAUGUUCAGCCUGGUGGACUUAGGCUGGCCACUGGUGGGGGUGACCACAAGGUGCGAGUAUGGAACAUGAAAUCCCUUGGCAGGGAUUUGGAAAAUGAAGAAUCAUCCCAGAGGCUACUUGCAACUCUCCGUGAUCACUUUGGCUCUGUGAACUGUGUUAGGUGGGCUAAGCAUGGUAGGUAUGUUGCUUCAGGAUCUGAUGAUCAAGUGAUUCUAAUUCAUGAGAGGAAGCCUGGUUCAGGAACCACUGAGUUUGGUAGUGGGGAGCCCCCUGAUGUUGAGAAUUGGAAAGUUGCAAUGACUUUGAGAGGGCAUACUGCAGAUGUGUAGGUGGAUCUUAAUUGGUCUCCAGAUGACUCGAUGUUGGCCAGUGGAAGUUUAGAUAACACUAUACACAUCUGGAAUAUGAGCAAUGGUAUUUGCACUGCUGUUCUAAGGGGUCACUCUAGCCUGGUUAAAGGAGUUACUUGGGAUCCAAUUGGUUCAUUUAUAGCAAGUCAAUCAGAUGAUAAGACUGUAAUUAUUUGGCGAACAAGCGACUGGAGUCUUGCUCACAGGACAGACGGCCACUGGGCAAAAUCACUUGGAUCUACCUUUUUCAGGCGGCUGGGAUGGUCCCCUUGUGGCCACUUCAUUACUACCACUCACGGGUUCCAGAAACCAAGGCAUUCUGCACCUGUCCUAGAGAGAGGGGAAUGGUCUGCCACAUUUGACUUCUUAGGACAUAAUGCCCCCGUGAUCGUAGUGAAGUUUAAUCAUUCAAUGUUUAGGAGGAAUAUUUCCAAUGCUCAGGAAAAAGCAGCACCUGUGGGGUGGACUAAUGGGGCUUCAAAGAUGGGUGGGAAAGAGAAAGAACCACAACCUUAUAAUGUCAUUGCAAUUGGGAGUCAGGAUAGAACCAUAACUGUCUGGACAACUGCAAGUCCCCGCCCUCUCUUUGUAGCAAAGCAUUUCUUUACUCAAAGUGUUGUGGAUUUAUCCUGGAGCCCUGAUGGUUAUUCACUUUUUGCAUGUUCUUUGGAUGGGUCAGUGGCUACUUUCCAUUUUGAGGUGAAAGAGCUUGGCAAUAGGUUAACUGAUGCUGAACUGGAUGAAUUGAAGAGAAAUCGUUAUGGUGAUGUUAGAGGUCGGCAAGCAAAUUUAGCAGAAAGCCCAGCACAGUUAUUGCUUGAAGCAGCCUCUGCCAAGCAAGCCCCAAGCAAAAAAGUGGUUCUGGAUCAGCAAAACCAGACAGUUGUAAAACCUUCUGUUGAUGCAAGGGUUGCAACAAAAACUUCUGUUGAUGGUUUAAAUAAGGCUUCAUUGUCUGCCAGAAUUUCUAGUCCUGUGAAGCAGAGGGAAUAUAGACGGCCUGAUGGUAGAAAGAGGAUUAUUCCAGAAGCUGUUGGGGUGCCUCUCCAGCAGGAAAAUAUAUCUGUUGGGGCUCAGUCGCAGGCUCUUGACUUCCCUCCUAUGCAUUCUGAUAAAAAAAAUGAUGAUAAUGGGUUAGCCGCUGCUGAUAGUGGCAUUAGAGACAGUUCUGUUAGGGGAACACUUGGUAGGAGCACUGAAAUAAAGGAGGGACAUGGGGUCACUGCUAGAGCUAUGAUUACCAAAAGCCUAGUUAUUGAGAAGGUUACCGCAUCCACAGGCAGGGAUGAAAGCAUAACUGUGGAGCAGUCAGGAAAUGCCAAGGCUUCUAGUUCGCUAGGCGCUUCUUGUUCCACUCUUUCAAUUAGGGUGUUCGAUAAGAAAGAAGGGGAAGAUACUGUACCAAUUUGCUUGGAAGCUCAACCCCGAGAACAAGCUGCAAACGACAUUGUUGGCAUAGGAAAUACAUUUAUCAUGAAAGAAACAGAAAUUACUUGCACAAGGGGGUUGCAAACUCUUUGGUCGGAUAGGAUAUCUGGGAAAGUCACUGUUUUAGCUGGAAAUGCAAACUUCUGGGCUGUUGGCUGUGAGGAUGGAUGCAUACAGGUUUACACAAAAUGCGGGAGACGUGCUAUGCCAACUAUGAUGGUAGGAUCUGCAGCAAUAUUUAUAGAUUGUGAUGAGUGCUGGAAGUUGUUUUUGGUUACAAGAAAAGGAUCCUUUUAUGUGUGGGAUCUAUUCAAGCGGAACUGUCUUCUUCAUGAUUCGUUGGCAUCUCUGGUUGCUUCAAACCCAAACCCAUCUGCAAAAGAUGCAGGUGUGAUCAAAGUUAUAUCAGCAAAGCUAUCAAGAUCUGGUUCUCCUCUUGUUGUUCUUGCCACUCGCCAUGCCUUCCUCUUUGACAUGGGCCUGAUGUGCUGGCUUAGGGUUGCAGAUGACUGCUUUCCUGGGUCAAAUUUUUCAAGCUCCUGGCAUUCGGGUUCAACUCAGAGUGGUGAGCUGGCAGCUUUGCAGGUUGAUGUUCGGAAAUAUGUGGCCAGGAAGCCAGGUUGGAGCAGGGUGACUGAUGAUGGAGUGCAGACACGUGCUCAUUUGGAAGCUCAGUUGGCUUCUUCACUGGCUUUAAAGUCCCCUAAAGACUAUCGUCAAUGCCUUCUUUCAUACAUACGCUUCCUUGCGAGAGAAGCAGAUGAGUCUCGCUUACGAGAAGUCUGUGAGAGUUUCCUUGGACCUCCAACUGGGAUGGUGGAGGAUACACCUUCAGAUCCAAAGAACCUGGCAUGGGAUCCUUAUGUGCUUGGAAUGAGGAAACAUAAACUCUUACGAGAAGAUAUUCUUCCAGCAAUGGCUUCAAAUAGAAAAGUACAGCGAUUGCUUAAUGAAUUCAUGGAUCUCAUUUCCGAAUAUGAAAGCGCUGAAACAAAUCUAGAGAAAAGGUCUCAAACUUCACCAAUAGCAUGUCCACCAGCAGCUGAUCAAAUGGAAGCUGCUCCAUCCGGGACAAAUCAAAAGGACUCUGUCCCUGCUGCAACAGAUCAAAAGAAGUCUGUUCCUGCUUCAAUUGAUGAAAAGGACUCCUCCGAGUUAGCAGCAGAUAAAGAAAAUUCUGCUCAAGCGGCAGAAGAUACAGUUAAUUCAGAUCCACAAAUGAUCAAUCAAGUUAGUCUUGCUCCACAAGAUGCAGGUUCUUGAGUUUUGCGUCUUCUCACAGUCAAAAGGAAUGUAAGAAGUAGGGCACGCUAACAUGUAGUUGAACAGGAGUUAGCUUGAAGAUGACCGGCGUAUGUAUAUGUUUGGAGUUUAUUUACCCAUGACACAUGCAUAUCUAGAUUGGAGUCCAUUUUGCUGAUCAACUUUCUUCUCAAGGAAACCUACCUACGAGUAUAUGAUGCAUUAAGCUUCGAAUGAUUGGUGAAUUAUGUGGUGGUUUCCUCUCGCAAGUGCAAGAAAAUCUCACUUUGCAUAUGUAGUUGUGUGUAAUUGGCUUGAUGAAUUUUGUUUCUUGUACAUUAUCCAGCAUAAUCUGAAUCUUUAUUGGAUGAGAGAGCUCCUAGGUUUUGUAGUUUUAGGUGUUCCUGCUAUA